AUUGGUUGGGAGGAGUUGGAACUUUAGAAAGUACAAAUCGGUCAACUCCACUUAUUAAAUUCGAAAUCGGUUCUAAUCGACACACUCCCAACCCAAAAACUAAACCAAAGAUGCCGAAGAAGAAUCAUUCCGGCGAUGGCACCGCCGCUCCCAUCGACACUUGGUGGUGGCUAUCACACAAAGGAACCACCACUUCUUUCCUCUGCAUCUCCCUCUUCGCAUUACUGAUCCGAUCCGCCGUCUCGAUGUUCCCCUACUCCGGCGCCGGAACCCCACCCAAGUUCGGAGAUUUCGAGGCUCAGAGGCACUGGAUGGAGAUAACCACAAACCUCCCAGCCAUCGACUGGUACAGAAACGGCACUCACAACGAUCUCACUUACUGGGGACUCGAUUACCCUCCGUUAACUGCUUACCAGAGUUACAUCCACGGCCUCCUCCUCCGAUUCUUCAAUCCCGACUCCGUUUCUCUUUUCAGUUCCCGUGGCCACGAAUCUUACAUUGGAAAGUUAUUGAUGAGGUGGACGGUUUUAUCGUCAGAUGCUCUCAUAUUCUUCCCAGCUGCUCUCUUUUUCGUGUUGGUGUACCAUAGGAACCGUGCCAAGAGCCAAGUGGCCUGGCAUAUUGCUAUCAUUCUAUUGAACCCUUGUUUGAUUCUCAUUGAUCAUGGUCAUUUUCAGUACAAUUGUAUCAGUUUGGGACUUACAGUGGGUGCUAUUGCUGCCGUACUCUGUGGGAGCGAGGUUCUUACUUGUGUUUUCUUCACUCUUGCUCUUAGCCAUAAACAGAUGAGUGCAUACUUUGCUCCUGCCUUUUUCAGCCAUCUACUUGGUAAAUGCCUAAGACGGAAAAAUCCUAUACUUUCUUUGCUGAAGCUUGGAAUUGCAGUCAUUGCGACAUUCGUUAUCGUUUGGUGGCCGUAUUUGCAUUCUGUGGACGACUUCUUAAUGGUUCUCUCCCGUCUUGCUCCAUUUGAGAGGGGAAUAUACGAGGAUUACGUUGCAAAUUUCUGGUGCACCACUUCCAUUCUCAUAAAAUGGAAAAAACUAUUCACAACACCAUCUCUCAAGUUUAUGAGCUUAGCCGCAACUGUAUUAGCUUCUCUCCCUUCAAUGGUUCAUCAAAUCUUUUCACCAAGCAACGAAGGUUUCCUCUAUGGCUUGCUCAAUAGUUCAAUGGCUUUCUACUUGUUUUCUUUCCAAGUGCAUGAGAAAUCUAUUCUGAUGCCUUUUCUAGCCGCAACACUGCUAGCUCUCAAAAUCCCUGACCAUUUCAAUCAUUUAACCUACUACGCUCUCUUCUCGAUGUUCCCUCUUCUCUGCCGUGACAAUCUCUUGCUUCCUUACUUAACCUUACAUUUGCUCUUUACCCUCAUCUAUCAUUCCCAGUUACCGAAAACUAAAGCUUCAUCGUUCUCCUUUACAAACUUCCCUGGUUAUGUUUUCUUACUUAGAACCCACUUCGUCAUCUCCCUAGUUCUCCAUGUCGUUUACCUGACCAUUCAACCUCCUCAAAAGUACCCUUUCCUAUUCGACGCACUGAUCAUGAUUCUAUGCUUCUCAUACUUUGUUAUGUUUGCCAUUUACACAAACUAUACGCAGUGGAAUUUCUCCAGUCAUUUCAGGUCUGCGGAUAAAGAAAAGAAACAAAUCUGAUGAUUAGAAGACAGAAGUCUUUGAGUCAGGUUGUCUAACUCUGUUCCAUUGGAACUGAGUUUAGGGUCUGCUUACUGAACCAAGUAGAAUCGAGCUAGACAUAACCGGUGGUUUAGUCAUCAGACUUUUGUACGGUAGAUUAUCUUGAGGUAAAGAUUGAGCCUUUUAUGAAAAGAAACUCUUUUAUAAGUUUUGUACUUUUUUCUAGCAGAUAGAUUAAUAUGUUCAUGUUGUUUCCUACUUUC